AACGAUUUUGAAAUGGGAGCAUGUUCAUCUAGUAAACCAAUUUCUAAACAAUCAAAUCAAGCUAGUAAUAGACAAGUAUAAGAGGAUCCAAUCAUUUCUAUUGUUAAUAACAUUGCAGAUGAACCAAUUUAAGUAGAGAUCUAAAAUUCAAAAUAAGAAGAUUUAAAUCAAGAAUGUCAAGAUUAAGAUAAUCAAUAUUAAGAUAAUCAAUAAUCUGAUAUAGAUCAUUUAGAAAUUAAUGAAGAAGACAAUAACAAAUAUAUUGAUGAAGAAUUACUACUAGAUAACACUGAUGAUACAAUUCAAAAACCUGCAGACACUAUUAAUUUUAUUAAUACUGGAUAAAUUCUUAUGCAACAUAGAAAUCAAAGUGAUGUUAAGGUCUUGUAAAAGUAAAGAAUUUUUUAAGGAGACAAAGAGAAUAUGUUCUAAUCUUGA